GACCUCGCCUUGUAUCUGACAAUCACAACAUAUAAAAUCCCCAAAUUCCCAGCAAUCCCAACCUUUUCAAAACCCUAAUUCCCAAUCUCACAAACCCUCCACCAAUUCAAACCCAUCACGAUGAAUCCCAAUCCCCAAUCCUUCCAAAUCUUUCUCCAAUCGCCAGACCUCCAAAUCCCAACCCAAACCCUAACCCUAUCCCCAAUCCAAACCCCAACUCUCCACCACCUCAAGCUCUCUCUUUUCCCCCAAACCCUCCCCUCCCUCUUCUUCACCCUCAACGGCAAACCCUUACUCGACUCCACCCCUCUCCAAUUCCCCCCUCUUUCAACCCUAAUUCUCCGAAUCAGAACCCCCGGCGGCGGCGGCGAUGGCGGCGCCACCGGUGCCGAGUCUCGCGACUGCUACCUCAACAUGUACGCGGAGAAGAAGCCCGACAAGGUCGACCCCUACGAGCAGAGGCUCUCGAAGUUUCUGAACUGCGCGCUUUCGAAUGAGCCGCUGAAGGAUCCUUGCGUCGUGGAUUUGAUCGGGAAUGUGUUUAACAAGGAGGCUCUGGUUGAGGCAUUGUUGGGGAAGAAGGUGCCGAAGGCUUUCGGACACAUUAAGGGGCUGAAGGACAUGAUCCCUGUGCAUUUCGCUUCGAUUUCCGGGAAGGAAAUGGAGUCUCAGGCGACGGUUAGUGGGCCGAGGUUUCAGUGCCCGAUUACGGGGCUGGAGUUUAAUGGAAAGAGUAACUUUCUGGCGCUGAGGAGCUGCGGGCAUGUGUUGAGUGUGAAGGCGUUGAAGGAGGUGAAGUCCUCGGCGUGUUUAGUGUGUCAUGUGGGGUUUUCGGAGGAGGAUAAGAUUGUGAUCAAUGGGAAUGAGGAGGAGGUCGCGGCGCUGAGGGAGAGGAUGGAGGCUGAGAAGGCGAAAACGAGGGUGAAGAAGGUGAAGAAGGUGAAGAAGCUGAAAAAUGGGGAGGAGGAGGGUGUGGAGGCUGCGAGGUUGAGUGGUACGAAGCAUGGGAUUGAUGUGAAGGGUGGAGAGAAGGCUUUGGCGAAGGUGGAGGGGAAUGGGAAGGUUGGAAAUGGUGGGGAGAAUGUGAAGGGUGGGAGUAAUGGUCCUGCGGUGAAGAAGUUUAAGGCGGUGGAUGUAGCCCCGGCUAAUGCUACUAAGGAAGUUUAUGCUUCGAUUUUUACUUCUUCGAGCACAAAGAAGUUUAAGGAGACGUAUUCUUGUCGAUCUCUCCCACUUGGUCGAAAUUGAUUGAUGGUAUGUAAUGUGAUUUAUGGUCUUUCUUCCUGAAUUUGUUGUAACUUGAAGUUCAUCUUUGAUGGAAAUUUGCAAAGUUUGGUAUCUUACAUGCUCUCAAUUUGGUAGCUGUUGUUUGUUAGAAACAUAAUCAUUUGAUGUACAAUAUUUGUUUGAAUUGUAUUGAUGAUGCUUCUAGCCUGGAACAAAAUAAUAAAUAGCAGAUGAUUCAUACU